CAGUCUCUCACUAUGAAGGUGUAUAGCACUAACAGCAUGUCUACCGCACUAGCUGCACUACUGUUUGCCACGCUUGGUGAAGCUUUGCUAUGUUCCGAUGCUCGGGGUGAGGACGGGUUCGCAUGCGAUUCAACAUACAGUUUUGAUGUGGCAUCGAGCGCUAACGAGGUGGACAGCUCGCUCAAUUUCAAUAAUGUGUGUUGUAAGCAAGACGGCUGCAAAAUGCUUACGGAUGAAAUUUUGUUAGAAGUGUUCCGCGAGUGCCCAUCGGGAAUAGACUCCAGGACAGGGGAGAAGGUAUAUGCGGAUGUCAAAGUGUAUAGUGUAGCAGGCGCGAUUCUGACCAAUGCGAAUAUUCUACUUACAAACACAAUGACGGGUGAAGAUAUUGAGUUUUCAUAUGGUGGAACUACUACAUUUGCUCUGAAUGAGGGGGGUAGUUAUGAGAUAUCGGUGGUUGGUAUAGAUGACUAUGUAGUACAGAGCGAGGCAGGUAAGGAUAAAGUAAGUGGCGAUCCUCUAAUGGAGGAUACUGUUGUUGACGGCAUAUACAAAUUGAGCAAUGUGGCGUCAGAUUCAGUUGUGGAGUUUGUGUAUGUGGCACCCCAGCUAGACCGACAAGUAGUAAUCAGAGCUGAAGAUGAUUAUGGCAAUGUAAUUUCUGGUGCGGAAGUCACGGUAACAGAUGCGAGUACAGGGACAUCAGUAACCUACACCGAGUCUGACACGGAUGUGUGGGAUGCAUCUUCAGGUAAUUUUAUUUUAAGUUUACCUUCGAAUUCUGAGUACGAAUUCGAGAUAAUAAACGUGCCCACCAGUUUGAUAGCUACAGAGGAGAUCGGCGGAGAUAAUCUCUUGGAUGGCAAAACUAUCGUGGCAGUAACUGAAGAUACAAGUGUGACAUUUGUCUAUUCUCAAGCGACGGACUGCCAGACAACGUACUUCGGCGGAGGUGGUGUGUGUCCGAGUGGUACUGUCGAGAGGGGUUGGAAAGCUUGUUAUGGUAGUGGGUGUACUGAGGUUGAGUGCUGCGGUGACCGGACCUGUCUCACUGAGACCAAUCUUAGCAAGGGUUCGAUUUGCGAGGAAAAAAGGCCCAAGGACGACUUUAGCACAAUUGUUUGCGGAGAUGGCACAGGUGUCACGUGUACAGCAACGCUUUGCUGUACUGAGGAUGAUUUACCAUCAUUAGAUUCGCAAAUUCUGGAUCAAUGCUCGUCUCACUAUAUUAAUAUCGAUUUCGAAGAUGUCGCAGAGUUAAGAUACGGCGAUGACUUCGAUCUGGACCCUAGCUAUAGGCCUGAGGGAAUAAGCUUUUCGCUUACAACGACCGGGUCAUUCACACCGUAUAGUCUGCGAAGUGCACCUAGAAUAGAAAAUGAAGCCGGGGGUUCAGGGAAUGCUGGGUUCUAUGCGAGCUGUACAGGGACUAACCAGCAUUAUGAUAUAGAUACCAAAGGAACUUUGGGCGACUAUUUUUUGAAGCUGGUUGGUCUAAGUUCGAAUGAUAUUCCGGUCAUGCCGGCGCUGCUUGUUACCUACAACACGCAUGGGUCUACCCAGGCCGCAGGAAUGUUGUACGACAUUGACGGGGAUUUCGAAAGGCAUGAACAGUACGAGAUUAGUAUUUAUGAUGAGGAUUUCAAUCUACUGGGCUCUGAUUUCUCUAUUAGGGGUACUACCGAUUCGUGUUCCCUCAACGCAUACGAAUCAACUUAUUGGCAGUUUGUAGUCAACUCAUCCGGCGGCGUUCCUAUUAAGUAUCUCCGCAUCGACUAUAUUGGCAAAGGAAAACCGCAGAACAUCGGCAUGGGUUUCGAUAAUUUCAGGGCGUUUGGAUGUACCAAGGAUGCGAGAGUUCUUAAUGCCUUCGUAUAAGGUGCGUUAACCAUACCAAAUCUACGACCGCCCCGGCUUCGAAUGCCCGUCUGUGAAUUGUGAACACUCGCGUCCUUUGGCGUUGUUACUAAUUCUGAGGUGUAGGCACUACUGCUGCACCUGUUUGUUAUCUGAAACAGAAGCCCGGGCUGAGCAGCAUCAUCACUUGACAAAGCACUUGUUCAAAGCACAAUAACGUUUCUUAACAGGCGUUCUCCAACAGUUAACACAGGCAUUUGCUAUCAAUAGUAUGUGCAUAUGGGUGUAUCAAGGAUAUACUGUUUUGGCUUGUAGGCGCGAUCACAUAUCCUUGUUUCGAUACGGAACCUUGCUUAUCACAGAGAAAGUACUGUAGACCAAACAUCGGCUGUCGAACAAGGUCAAAAUAAACUUCAGAGAGCAUAUAAGGG